AUCGAACCGACGGCGUUCCGCGUUCCGCCCCUAUCGACGCGCCCCACCCCGCGCCGGGCCGGCUGGGCCGCUCCUGCCGCCUGCUUGGCGCGGCCCUGCGCGCAGCGCUGUGUGCGUUGAGGGCCGCGCGUCGGCUUGCUGUGCUGGGUGCGGGGUUCCGUGGCUCUUCUGGCACCACAGCUCCCUCCUUGGGAGUGGAAUGAAUCCUUUUAUUGUCGAUUUGCUGAGUUGCGUUUAUCUUUAGCCUCUUCCUUUUUUUUUUUUUUUUUUUUUUUUUUUUUUUUUUUUUUUUUUUUUUUUUUUUUUUUUUUUUAAUAUCCAUUAGUGUUGUCUAGCAUGUCUUCUCUGACAGAAGAGGACAGACCGAUUGUUCAGCUGUUACUGGGCACUGGCACGUGCCCACGGUGCGUUUUCAGGUUCUGCCGUGCGGGAUCACAGACGCUUUAUAGACACCCAUACAAGGAGUUGAUGAAGGAUUUGAAACAAUUCCUGAAAGGUAAUCAAGAAAAAGAAGAUAAAGCUUGCUUUGAUGUAGCUGAUCCACCUUGUAAGCGAUUCAGACGUGGACACGCAGAAGAAGGGCCUGAUGAUCUGAACCAGAAUGGAGUGCUCAGUCAGAUUCCUUUGGUUAAUGACGAUAAUGCUGCUGUGGAGAACUCAGCUGUGCAGGUUUGCAAUGUGUGUUUGGGAAUUCUUCAAGAGUUCUGCGAGAUUGACUUUGUUAAAAAGAUGUGUGAAAAGGUUAAUUCUUCUGACUACCAGUUCAACAGUUUUGUAUUUUCUGUGUCACUACCACCACAGCUGUCUGUCAGGGAGCAUGCUGUUUGGCUGUUGGUAAAACAGGAAAUGGGAAAACUGGGCCUUUCUUUGGCAAAGGAUGACAUUGUUCAGCUGAAAGAAGCUUAUAAGUGGAUUAUUCAUCCCCAGUUGUCAGAGGAGUUGGGUGUUCCCACUGAUGGAAAGAGUUUGUUUGAAGUUAGCGUAGUCUUUGCUCACCCAGAAACAGAUGAGGAGUGCCGUUUCCUAGCCACAGUCUGUCCAGAUUGUUUCAAGCCAGCAAAGAACAAACAGUCUGUUUUCACUAGAAUGGCAGUUAUAAAAGCCCUAGAGAAGAUAAAAGAAGAAGAUUUUCUCAAGCAUUUUCCAUGUCCCCCAAGUUCACCAAAGAACCUCUGUGUUGCUCUGGAAAUUCAGUGCAAUAAUGGUGCAGUUUUUGUGGCUGGAAGGUACAAUAAAUAUUCAAGGAAUUUACCUCAAACUCCCUGGAUUAUUGAUGGAGAGCGGAAGCUGGAAUCUUCAGUGGAAGAACUGAUUUCAGAGCAUCUAAUGGCAGAAUUCAAGGCAGACAGCUUUAAUUUUUCUUCCUCUGGAAGAGAAGAUGUGGAUGUAAGAACACUAGGCAAUGGAAGGCCUUUUGCAAUUGAGCUUGUGAACCCUCAUAGAAUACAUUUUACUGCUGAGGAAAUGAAGAGACUUCAGCAGACAAUUAAUUACUCUUCAGACAAAAUACGGGUCCGAGAUUUACAACUUGUCACCAGAGAGGCAAUUGGUCGUAUGAAGGAAGGUGAAGAGGAAAAAACAAAGACCUAUAGUGCCUUAAUAUGGACAGACAAAACAAUACAGAAAGAACAUAUUGCAUUUCUAGAUAAUAUCAAGGAAUUAAAACUUGACCAGAAGACACCUCUCCGGGUUCUUCACAGAAGGCCUCUGGCUUUAAGAUGUCGAAUCAUUCACACCAUGAAGUCUGAGUACAUAGAUGAGCAUCACUUUCGCCUGCAUCUGAAAACACAAGCAGGAACCUAUGUUAAAGAAUUUGUGCAUGGAGACUUUGGAAGAACAAAGCCAAAUAUUGGUUCCCUGCUGAACAGAACCACGGACAUUCUGGAGUUGGAUGUAGAAUCUGUUGACAUUGACUGGCCUCCAGCCCUGGAGAAUUAGCUUCACAAGUUGGGAUGUCACACAACAGCUCCUCGUCAGCAGCAGUUUACUGAAGCCUGUACAGUAUUACAACUGGUUGCAAAGUAUUUUUGUUGAAUAUUUGGAUCAUGUUGAUCUGCCAAAGGAUUCUGUUCCUUUGAAUCAAUUCACUCAGGUUGUGUUCAUUUAAUAUCUGGCUUUUAAAAAAUUUUCUUCUGUGCAUACAACCAUUUUGGCAAGCUAAUGUAUUGAUAACAAAUCUUCUUUUAAAAAUCUGUGAAGAAAAACAAAUGGUGUGCUAAGUAGGUACAAAAAAUAUGCUUAAUGCAGUACCGUUUGAAAUGUUUAAUUAAAAAUUAAACGAUAAAGCUAGAUUUUUUUAUUAUUAUUAUUGCUUUUAUAUUUAAUGGUGCAGCUUUCUUGUCUGGGUGCGGACAGCACUGAAUCACCUGAAGUGCAGCUCUAACACUUUCUGAGCACUAUUCAUGCAGGACUGUUAACCAAGCCCAUAGGACAGUGCCUGGAAGGAGGUGGUGUUCUGCUCUGUGCCAGCUGCUUUUUGAUCAGCAUUGGUUUCAGAGAUGGGCAGAUGUGCUUCCCACAGUACUUUUCAAAGCAAGAAGAGUUUCCAGAUGAGAACUUUGCACUUAAAACCAAGUUUCUCUCAAUUAAAAACACCAGUGAUGUUUUGUAGAAACUCUGUUUGAGGUGUUUGCCUCCUCAGGAGCUCUUUGGCUGAAUUGCAGGCCUCUUCAUGCAGAGGAUUUCCCUGAGUCACCGUAAGGCUGAGGAUUCCUGGCAACAGUGCAUGGUGGAAUGCUGGAGAAAAAUAGGGAUACUAAGAAUCUCAGGAAAUUACGGUUUGGAGUUUAAGGGCUCUUCAUUAAUGAACAUUUCAGAAAUAAAGGGUAAUUAUUUUUCAGGGAAAACAGUGGGGGCAGUGAAAGAUUAUGGAGAUGUUACCGUGAAGUCAGUGCUGCCAGGACCUCGUGGUAGAACAGCUAGGUGGUAACUUCAGUUGAAGGCUCAGAAGGCCCAUUUAAAAACUCAUCUUGAAAAAUUAGCCUGAAUUUUAUAUACUUUGUCAUGGGCUGUCAAAACUUUCCUCAUUUGUUUUUAUAGUCCACAGUGACAUAAGAAAGCACAGUAGUUGUUCAGAAGCUCCCAUGUUUUAAAUGCAAAAAUCAUAAGAACCAUGAUUCAGACAGCAAGAUUCUCUCACUUUCAGUCAUAGGGCUGUUAUGAGAACUGAUUCUGGGAGUAGUUGUCUCAUACAUAAAUCUGUGCCCAGAAGGGAACUGUUGUGAAUGAUGAAAAGCUUCAGAAACUAUUCAGAAAAGAAGGAAAAGAGAACUUCAGGCUACUGUGUUAUUUCUUGACACAAAGGAUAUAUAAGUUCUAUACACUGGAAACACAUGUAGGCUGGACAAAACAGACAUUAGAAGAGGUGUCCCAAAGGGGAAAUGGUGCUAACUGGGACUCCUGCUCCUGUUACAGUUCAGAGACACUUCAUCUUGUUUUUAAAUACGUAUUUGUGAAUACUCCAAUAGGACAUUUCCUAAGAGUAGUAAGAGCAAGAUUUAAUUUUAUUCUUGUGAUAAAUGUGAAACAGGUAGAUGUUUUCUAGCAGAUUAUGUGUAAAUGCUAAAAUCUAAGAGCCAAACAGUGUUCCUUAUCAUAUUUCUUCAUACCAGAAGGACUUGGAUGAAGCUGUUGUAUUUCUCCAAGUAGCUGCUCACCCAAAGCAAACCCCCUGCUGCAUGAAGCUGUACCUGUAGCACUGCCUUGGCUGAACAUGAGUGCCUCUGUCCUCUCUGUCCAUCAGUCAUGCUACAUGUGCCACAAAGAACUGCCAAGUGCUGAGGACUCCUUACUACAGUGUGGCCAGCAGCAGUUGUGAACAUAACGUAAAAUAUUCUAGGAAGACCCAGGAUAAGCAAAUCCCAGCAGCACCUCUGCCUGGCUUCUCUAACAUGUCUUAUAGUGAUGCAAGGCUGAGAAGGCUGAAGAAGGUCAGGACUCAGUAUAACCAGUUCUUUAAUUACCAAACCAACUUGUUUACAAAGGAAAACAGAAUUUUGAAAAUAUUUAAUUAUACUGUAAAAACAAAUUGUGCUAUAAAGAGCAUUCUAUAAAGAAAAUGUUUACAUUCAAUAAACUUAAACAUUGAGAACUUAAAAAGGAAGAACUGAAUAAAUGACACACUGCAAGCGUUCUUUGUAUCUCUUUCAUGCUCCUGGAAAGGUGUGUUGCAGAAGUGAGAAAAACUGCUGUAAGUAUGGAGUUGGGUACAUGGGGUCAUGGGGAGCAGUUUUCCAGACUUCAUUUGUACACUGUGGAAGAGCGCAUUCUGUCAGACCUGUGAAAUUGAUGUAAUGCAUUACAGCUGUGGCACCUCACUGCUCUGCACAGUGAAUUACUGCCUUGAGUAAUUACUGCUUUCCCUUAAACCAUGGAGGCUUUCGGAGUUCCUUUCUAUCUGGUGUAUGACUGUACAUCUCAAGUGGCUUCUUGUCCCGUGCUUGUGGUUUCUGUUCCCUACAUAUCCAGGCGUGCUAUUUAUUGCUUUUUUCCCAUGGUGCAGUAAAAAUUAAGUUCUUAAGCCUUAUCUGCCACAAUAACCAGCCGUAUAAAUAAAUACACUGAUAUAUUU